UGAUGUUUAAGAAACUUAUCUGUUUCUGCCUGGUGGUAGCGAUUGUUCGCAGCGAUCCAACGGAAGAAGACCCCAGCCCCAUAGAAACACUUCCCACCAUAUCAUGGAGCGUGAACCCAGCCUUAGAACAAUUAUAUAAAAAUGAAGCAAACCUCAAGAAUAAAGGAAUAUCUCUUCGUUCGUCGGGCUCGCUUUUCGGACUCGGGAUUGGUGCAAAUCUGCUAGGAGUCCACGCAGGCGCUGGUAUAGGCCAUGGCCGUGGAGGCUAUGGUGAUAUGGGCCAAGGGUUUGUUGGCAAACCUCCGGGAAGCCAAUAUCCACAAUAUCCACAGAAUCCCUUCCCCCAAAUACCAAUAUCCCAAUAUCCAUACCCUACGUAUAUGCAACCACAACCAUACUACCUCCCAGCAGCUCAUGCACAAUAUUGAAAGCCUCAAGGGAUACCACCAGCGACAUCUCCUACUUGUUACACUACCCUUGCACAUAGAUCGAUUUUAGUUGGAUGGGAUC